CACAAAAGAAGAAAGCAUUCAACUUUUCUAUGAGCAUAAAGAAGAACAUAAAGACUAUGCAUACAUAUAUACAGAUGGUUCAGUUUGUGACGGGAGGACGGCAGCCGCUGUCACAUCUGACCAUCAUAACAAAACAAGUAGGCUACACGACGACCAUAGCAUAUUUAGUGCUGAGUUGAUAGCCAUUCACUCAGCACUCAAAUAUGUCUCAUCGAAAAACAUAGAAAAGGCUGUGAUCUGCACAGACUCAGCUUCAUCGGUAAAGGCAAUAGCUCACAGAAAAAUGGAAAAAAACGAAAUCGUUUAUAAAAUAAAAAAGAUGAUUAUUGGCUUUACCGAUGAAAACAAACACGUCAUUCUCCUGUGGAUUCCGUCCCACGUUGGAAUACAGGGGAAUGAAAAAGCGGACAAGCUAGCCAAAGAAGGUCUUCAUCUCCCAUCUCGAAAUCAUCUCGCUCUCCCCCUUCCGGAUUUUCUGUCUUCGCUCUUCCGUGCCUUCCAGAGAUACCGCCAAAAAUGCUGGAUAGAUGAUCAUACACCACAUCUCUUCUCCAUUAAACCGAAACUUUGCCAUUUCUACUCUUCCCAUCAAAACACAAGGAUCAAAGAGAGAGUCCUAGCCAGGCUCCGGCUCGGCCACACACAACUCACCCACAACUACAUCCUGGACAGAGCACCUCCACCCAUAUGUCACCACUGCCGCGACCACCCACGCUACACCAUCUCACACUUCCUCCUCCACUGCCCACACCUACACCAACACCGCAGACAUAUAGUGCAAUACAUUAACACACAUGGACUCUCUCUCGACCUUCCGACUCUCCUGGGCGACACUCAUCCGGAUAUCCACGACCUUCUGUUCGUCUUUCUCGCCGACGCUCGGAUCAUCAAGAGCCUUUAGCGUGUUAGGGCCGCGGCUGCCGCCCCUAAAACGCUAAUCAGAGCCCUCGUCUCCCGGCUCACCCCCAAACUCACACAUUAAUUAAUCGCGGUUACAGGGCUUUUUCCCUCGCGCCGUUUUGGCUUAGGUGCGAGGUUUUUGCCCUUUGCGUUAGGCGUCGGGUUUUUUAUUAUUUAGGACUUUUUCUCCCGACCAUUACACCCCACAACAAGGCCCCGCCGGGGGGCUGGAGCCUAGAAGGUCUUAUACCUUCUGUCAGUGCGAUGAAAGCUUCCCGGCUCGAUUACACUGACACCAGCUCACAAGUGUUCAUGUCUAUUAUGUAUUGUUAAUAAAAGUCAUUCCCACUGUUGUGUUUGCGACUCCAGACAUCUCGGCUCUUUGGCUAUACACGUAAGUACCUCCCUUAGCUUUGAUUCCACAUUAAGAUAGGAUCCCACGUUGUUUUUGCUACCGGGUUCACAUAAACCGGUUUAACGUAAGACUUGCUGCCCGGCGAAAAUUGCCGGAGUAACUGCCCCCUGCUCGGGUAUGGCACUAGGCCGACCGAGCAAAAAAAAAAAAAAAAAGCAAUGUGGGCGGGGACGGCGGGGGAUAUCCGGUGCGGUGCAGAGUAAAGAUCCGGUCAUCAGAGUGCUUGGAAUUGGCAUGUCGACGAACGACGCGGAGAAAACCGCAAGGGUCUGGCGCCCCGUCGAAGUCCUUACGUACUUGGGCGCCCCUGGCGGAGCAGAGUACGCCUGCCUGCUUCUGAACCGUCCCGUAGAUGGCAGGGAGGUGGAGGUUUCGCGCGUUUGGAACCGCGCGAGCCUUCGCUUGUCUGUGGACGGCGGAACAAACGUGCUCAGGAAAUUAAUAGAGGAUCGGGACAAGCUCGCGCUGGAAGCCGCCAAACUGCCGGAUUUCAUAACGGGGGAUUUCGAUUCAAUCACGGACGAGACACGGGCGUUCUUUAGCGGGUGUCGUUUCAUCGCGACACCGGAUCAAGACGAGACGGACUUCACCAAGGCGCUGCGAGUGGCGGCGGAGCGCGGCCCGGCUCACCUGGCCUGGGUGACCGUGGUGGCGGAGAACACUGGCCGCAUUGACCAGGUGCUGGCCAACAUCAACACGCUGUUCACGGCGCGCACGCUGCUGGCGGCGCCCGUCUACCUACUGGCGGCCGAGUCGCUGUCGUUCCUGCUGCCGCCGGGCCGCCACGAGAUCCACCUGCCGCCCGAGCUGCGCUCCGACUGGUGCUCGCUGGUGCCGGUGGGCGCGCCGGCGGCGGCCGUCACCACCAGCGGUCUCCAAUGGGACCUGGCCGGACAACCGAUGGCGUUCGGCCAGCUGAUCAGCACCUCCAACCGGCCCGUCAGCGAACUGGUCACGGUGGACACCUCCGAGCCGCUGCUGUUCUCCGUGGCCCUUCCCUGACCGCGCGGAGCCCGGCCGACCGCCGCCCACCCGGCUGUCCCCGGGUGGGCGGGGUGACCCGACCCCGGCCGGUCGUCCCUGUAGUGUUACUCACCAUGUAAACUCGAGGAACGUGCUGUCCCAUAUAAUUGCAGGGGACGUAGUGAUUUGUAAAUUAAACUAGUCAUUUACAGCGUAACCAUCACUCGAUGGGAUUCAUUAUGAACUCGAUUUGAGGUGUGAUUGUUCGGUGAUCUCGCUUAUGUACGACAUAUCGUGCGUUAUCGUUCGCAGGGGCUGUUAUUGAGUCGUACUUAAUUGAAAGUUGCGCAACAUGCCGUUUACUGUGUAGUCUUCCGUUUAAAUUGUUAAGGAAUUCGGAUGCUUUGAUAAUUGUAUUUUGAAGUGUGCAUAACGUGACUUUGAUAAAAGCAUGUUAUUCAUAAUCAUGUACGUAUCAUUCGUGCCCACUCAUAUACAGGCCGGCAUCUAGCGAGUAAAAUUCACUUCAGUAAACGCCAGUCGUUCUGCUCAAUCGUUCGCCGUGUCUUACGAUGGCAAUGAAGCUGAUUUAAUGGUAUGUCGGCAACUGAUAUAGGGUACCCACGUACCUAUUCGAGAGCUGCUUUGCUUGCCAUUGGUUGAUUUCGGAAUGAUAUGUUGCAUGAUUGAGGCAAAGAAUAAACGGUCUGGUCGCUUGA